ACAAAGGCAUGGAGUCUAUCAAUAGGAAACCAGGCAGGCUUGGAACUGCCAAGUCUUCUCAUAUGAUAUCUAAACUCAACUCUGUCUCCAGUGGAACGACAUCAAGCACGAGAAUCAUCCCGACCAUUCGAAUUGUUCAAAUUUUUGCUCCACAGGUUUUCGAAACUGAUGCGGCCAAUUUCCGUGCACUAGUUCAGAAGCUCACUGGAUACAAAACAGAACCCAAGAAGCUGAACCGUACAGUCUGCACAAAGAAGAGUGAUUCUGUUCAGUUCAAGAAGCCUAUAGUCCAAACUCAAUCUGCAGAGAGUCAUUCCCACGCCUCAACGGUUAUUGAUGAGCUUUUUUCUCCAAAUCAGGUUGUGGAAAACGAAUACCAUGUAAUGGCUCCUCUUGCAGGAACUGAGAGGGAUUCAUUGGAGGAAGAUGGUGUGCAAGUGUGUGAUAAUUUUUCUGAGCUUUUUGGCGGAUUAGAAGAGCUGAAUUUGUUCGGCAGCCUCCGCGAUUCAGGGUCACUGCUACCUGAAUUUCCCAUGAUUUAUCCUGCGACGAUGGAACAGAUUGAUUAUCACAGUAGCUUUUUUAAGGGUGUGAACCCUAGCGGGUUUAGUCUUUUUAAUCAAUAAUCCCUUUGAAUUAGUUAUAUGGGAUUUCCAGGAAGAGCAUCAUGGAAGACUAGUGUUCCCAGGAACAGCAUCAUAGUGAACACCAGUCUUCCACGAUGUGAGCAUAGGCAAGUGGUACACAUGCAAAUAUUUUUGGGUGUCUUCCGUGUAAAGAUAUUCCAUGCCUUUCUUUCUAAUAGUGCCUCCAUUGAUGAGAUCAGAGCUCCUCGGCAAUGGUUUUACUGGAGGUUAUUUGAUUGGGGUUUUAGUAAAUGCCUGAAUGUGUGUCCAUAUUCAACGUUUAAUGUAAAUAUAUCUGUACUAUUCCAUUUAAACA